AACUUUUGAAAAGGAGGUAGAAGACUAGGAGUAACAUUUCCCAAAGCAUCAAAAGGAUCCUAAGUGCCAGAGGCUCUCUAUACAGCGCUCUUUAAUUAGUUACUGAACAUUUGGGGGUUUUUAUCCUAGGAGGUGAUAGUGUUAAAUGACUAUUUUUAAAGUGAACAUCAAAAUAUGCAUAAAUAUCCUAAGUUGAGUCUGUAGGGCUGGCACUUAAGAAAAUAAAUCCCAACUGUAAAUUUGCUAGCAGAUGUCAUUGAGGAAUUUAAAACCAAAACUGAGGACACUAGUUGUAGUUGUGUGCCAGAAUAAAAAUGCACUUUGGCUGUAUGGAGUAAUAAGCAGCUUUUGCUUAUUUUGCACUUCUUGGGGGAGGGGAGUGGGAAGGAAGAAAAGGGAACAAAGAGCCAGAUACAUUUCUUAUAAGACUGCCUUGCAUUGUGGUAGGAUUUUUGAUUCUGUGGUGGUUAUGUCCAAAUCCUGUGGGGGUUGUUCAGUUGUUAUUCAGAAAACAAGAUUCAGAUAGUACUAAUGCUAAUGUAGCUGUGUGAACUAAAUGGAUAAAUAAUAUUUUUACUCUGCUUGCCUGCAGUGUGUAGUGUUUUAUCUACAUCUUAACAGAGGCUUAAGUAAAUACCUAAAUAUAUCUUUCAUAGACUUGUAACAUUUAGCACUGGUACUUGCUGUACUCACGGUAAAUGGACUGAUUCACUGUGUACAGGGAAACAAUCUACAGGCUGUUUUGUGGUCAAAGUUCAGUUCUUAAAAUGUGAAUUUAUUAUUGUAAAAGUUGGCAACAGUACACCAUCCACAGGUGACAAACUAUAAUUGAAUCUUGAAUGUGGUCUUUUGAUAAGGGGGAGAAAAAGCAAAGCUAUAGUAGCUGGGAGCCAGCAAUGAGGAGUGUCAGUCAGCAAAAAUGUCCUAGCUGCAUUGCAGUGAGAUAGCUAUAGUUUAGAUUAUCAAGGCAUUUCAGAUAUAAAGGCCCCUUUUCACUUCUGGAUGCAAUUUCUCAUGUUUGGGUUCUGUUUGGGGGUAACUUUACACUUUAUAUGAAAACAAACUAGAUGUCUUUUGAAUACUGGGAGAGUAGAAGUACAUACUUUGCAGAAAAUGACGUGUGUCUCACUCUUCAAGCACUUAAAGUGCAGCAGUGGCUUGUUGUAGAAAACAAAAACUUGUCAGGAAAAUACAUCUGGGGAAAGAGAGAUGAUGGAGAGGUGUUCUUCUGUGUCUGAGAUACCCGUUGGCUUGAACAGGCAAAGUUCUGAGGUAGUGAAAGCCCACAUGUAAGGGUUUGUAUGUGUGUAGUAGUUUUAUAACAUGAAUGGUUAUCUUCCAACAUUAUUAAUGAAAAUGAGCUGCAUGAAAAUGUGUGCACAUAGGAUUGCUUGACAACUGUAACUGGCUGUGAUGUAUUGAAGUAGGCAUAGUAGUGGAGGAAAAUAAUACAUGUAAAUUCAGAAGUGUAAUUAAGGUUGCACAUCUGCCUCAUGAACUGGAUGCAGUUCAGUCUGCACAGGGCUGAGCAGAUUUUCUGCUUGCAUAAAACACCAGUUGAAAAAUAUAUCUUAGAGGAAGGAUGGUCCAGUGAUUAGAGUGCUAGCCUAUGACUUGAGGGACCCUAGGUUCAAGUCCCUGCUCUGCUAGAGGCUUUCUCUGCGAGUCUGGGUUAGUCACUCAGCUUUUUUAUUUCUCAGUUCUUCUUGCAUGGGGAUAACAGCAUUCUCUCACCUUACAGUGGUGGUGUGAAGAUAUUUAAAGAUUGUGAAUGUCCAGAUCCUAUGGUGAUAGGAGUCGUAUAAAUUGCAUAGACAGAUGUCUAGAUAGUGAGGAACUUGGAAUUAGAAUUCCUAGACCAGUGGGACAUGGACCAAGCAGAUUCAUCCCAGAGAAGGAGAUUCUUCAAGUGGGAAAUGAAGACGCCCAGAUGCACGCUUUGUUUGCUGAUUCCUUUGCUGCUUUGGGCCGUUUGGACAAUGUUACCUUGGUGAUGGUUUUCCACCCACAGUAUCUAGAAAGUUUUCUAAAAACUCAGCACUAUCUAUUGCAGAUGGAUGGUCCGUUGCCUCUUCAUUACCGACACUACAUUGGAAUAAUGGCUGCAGCAAGGCAUCAGUGCUCUUAUCUUGUUAACCUCCAUGUUAAUGAUUUCCUUCAUGUUGGAGGAGAUCCCAAAUGGCUGAAUGGCCUAGAAAAUGCACCUCAAAAACUGCAGAAUUUAGGAGAAUUGAACAAAAUACUGGCUCAUCGGCCCUGGCUUCUCACCAAAGAACAUAUUGAGCAACUUUUGAAGACGGAAGAGCAUAGCUGGUCCCUGGCAGAGCUCAUCCACGCUGUAGUUCUCCUCACACACUACCAUUCACUUGCUUCUUUCACGUUUGGCUGUGGAAUCAGUCCGGAAAUUCAUUGCGAUGGGGGCCACACCUUCCGGCCCCCUUCAGUCAGUAACUAUUGUAUCUGCGAUAUUGCAAAUGGUAACCAUGGGACUGAUGAGAUGCAAAUUAGCCCCACUGGAAGCAUCUCAACUGCAGAGUCUCUCUGUGAAGUUGAAGUGCUCAUGGAGAAAAUGAAGCAGUUACAGGAGUGCAGGGAUGAAGAGGAAGCCAGCCAAGAAGAGAUGGCCACACGUUUUGAGAGAGAGAAGAGGGAGAGUAUGUUUGUGUAUUUUUCAGAGGAGGAAGAAUUGGCACCAACUAGAGAUGUCUCUCGCCACUUUGAAGAUACAAGCUAUGGUUAUAAAGACUUCUCCAGACAUGGAAUGCACGUGCCUACCUUCCGUGUUCAGGAUUAUUCCUGGGAGGACCAUGGCUAUUCCUUGGUUAAUCGUCUUUAUCCAGAUGUGGGGCAGCUACUUGACGAGAAGUUUCAUAUUGCAUACAACCUGACUUACCACACAAUGGCUAUGCACAAAGAUGUGGAUACUUCCACGCUUAGACGUGCAAUCUGGAACUACAUCCACUGUAUGUUUGGAAUAAGAUAUGAUGAUUAUGACUAUGGUGAGAUUAAUCAGUUGUUGGACCGCAGCUUUAAAGUUUAUAUCAAAACUGUGGUUUGCACUCCUGAAAAGACCACAAAAAGAAUGUAUGAUAGCUUCUGGAGGCAGUUCAAGCAGUCUGAGAAGGUUCAUGUUAAUUUGCUUCUGAUAGAAGCUCGCAUGCAAGCUGAACUACUUUAUGCUCUGAGAGCUAUUACUCGCUAUAUGACCUGAUAUCCCUGGCAGGCUAAUGACGAUGGAACGUUCAGCAGUCUAGAGCAAAGCUACUAAGCCUGGAGGCCAAUGGUAGCUAAAAACUGAGAUGCCCAUUGUGCCAUAACUCCUUUAGUUUCAGCUAUUUCCUUGUUUGAAAUAUCACUGCUCUCAUUGAGUAGUGAAUGCUUGGCAGUUCAGAAGAUAGGGUUGUGCUGCCUGAUCACAGCAUUUGGCUUUAGACAACACAGGAAACCCUAUGACUUGUGGCAAUCUAGCAAAUGAUAGAUAUAUAAAUCUUGUAUUAAGGCAAAUGCAGCAGGAGCUGGAACAUGAAGAAAAUUUGCAGCAAAGUGGGACAUUUGCUUUUGAUACAAGAACGAUUUUCUGAAAUCUUGAUGCUGCUAUUUGUGCUGGUGUAAUGAACAGACAGAGGUUGUUUGAGUUAAGCUAAAAGUGAACAUGAGCACUGCUACUGUCUGAGCCUACAUUUUGCGUGGUUUUUAAAGAAGCCUUGAUAUUUAGCAACUUAAAAAAAAUCAGAAUUAAACCUCUUUUGUCCACACUGACAGUUUUUGAAGGUAACAGUUUUCUUAAACGUAGAUUAGCCUUAAAAAUGCUGUAGGACAAUUUGUACAGCAUUGUUUGGUGAAAAGCCAAAGCACGGUGGUCUUCCUAUGAGGGAAAUUUAGUCCCUGGGCUAUUUGGAGACAUGUUAUAUAACAAUGUGAAAUGCUGAACAGCUCCUUAACCUGCUUUUCAAGGAUGAACACCUGUCACUGAUGCCCCUUUAUUUGUUAUCUGGCCCCUAGACACACAACUACAGGGCAAGGUGUGGGAAUGUUACUCUAGGCUGCAAAGAAGCCUGUGGGUCACACUUAUUGCUGGUCUUAUUGAUUUUGGAGCUGCUUAAGUAAUUAGGCUGAAAAACAUCUGGUUUAGGAGGAAAACAUGCAUAAAAUGCUCAUGUUUAACAUUAUAUUUGGUUUUGGAGAACACAUGAAUACUUUUGUAUAAGUGUCAACUGCUUUUGAAAAUCCUGUCAGUAUUACUGGUAUUUUUUUAAAUAAAGGGUAACAACUU